AUGUGUUUGGUGACUUACCUUGGCAAGGUGUCGAUUUCCGGCACUCACUUCCUGUCCGGCUGCACCGAGUCGGCUGUGGUGGGAUUAUGGGACGCCAAGCGGACAUCAGUGGCCCACGAUGACUCCAUCACCUCCAGCAACGGCAUACUGGAAAUCCGGCCGUUCCAGGUACGACUGCAUCACCUGGAUGGGAUGGGCGAGGCCACGGUCGCCAUGGACACCUUCCAGGUGGCUCGCAUCGCGUACUGCACGGCGGAUCACGACGUCAGCCCCAACGUCUUCGCCUGGAUCUACCGGCAAAUCAACGACGAUCUGACCUUCCAGAUGGACUGCCACGCCGUGGAGUGCGAGAGUAAACUGGAGGCCAAAAAACUGGCGCACUCCAUGAUGGAAGCCUUUAAGAAAACCUUCCACAGCAUGCGCAGCGAUGGAAGCAUCCACAAGAGCGGCUCGUCCGACGAGUUCCCCGAAGAGACGAGCACACCCGACGACGGCUGAGAGCCCGGGGGUUGGGAACGGCUCUCGCGCUCUUUACGUCUUUGUGCCAUAAUAGAAUAUUCCGAAAAAUAACCACAACAAAAACAGAACGCAAAUGGAAAUUCAAACCACAAACCAAGAAACUAAUCUGCCUUUUUUCGAUCUCGGCUGCCAGACAGUUCGUGCCCGUACUUUACCACAGUCGCACUCCCACUUGAAAGCUGCUGGUUUUGAUAUGGCGCGUGUGAAUUGGCAAGAACUUGUUACACGUUCACCUGUUAUGUUACUUUCGUUUUACCGAUCAAAACCUUUGGAUCUGGGAGUUCCUGAUGUGCGUGCGGAAAUCUUUUGUCGUUUUUUUAGAUAACGCAGAGGUGUGUUUCCUCUGCUAAGUAGAGUUUCAGAGAGAUAAAAAAAGAUAUAAUUUUGAUAUUUAUGGCAGGCAGCCAGCCUAGGGCAUUUCUUUACUUUUAUCGGGCCAUAGAAGCGUAAUUAUAGGGACCAUGCAUCAAUUUCUAUGCUUUUUAUUUUUGUUGUUUGUUUGUUUUUUAAGAUACCAAAAGUCAGUGUGCGUGUGUGUGUGUGCGAUCUAGGGUUUGUUUGUCUGCAGUAACUAUGGAACGGGUUCUCUACUACAAGCCGAGUGUGCUUGUCUGUUUAGUGCGUUUGUGUGCGAGGUGUUUUCCAACAGAAAAUACUGGCGCUUGUGGUAAAUGAGAUUCCAGAUGCAUCUGUAUUUUAAAGCCAUAGUUCACCCAAAAUGAAAAUUCUGUCAUCAUUUACUCAAUCUCAU